ACUUCUCGGCAAAGUAUCGUUUGCCUCUCUUCUAUCGCGAUAAGUGUCAUGGCUUUUUUUGGAGCUACGUACCAGAAAAGCUAAACUCUGCAAGCUUUGAGAUAAGCUUCACACGAGAGACAUGAACGUACCUCUUACAAAAGGGGCGGUUGAAGCCCUCUGCAAAGGCUUAGAUGUGGACAAGCCCGUGCUGCAGCUGCUGAACAUCCGUCAGAUCAGUAAUGCCUCAGGCCCACCCAGAUUCCGACUUAUGAUGAGUGAUGGCCAGCACUCUCUGACUUCUUGCCUGCUUGCUACCCAGUUAAACUAUUUAUCUGACGAGAACCUCCUGGUACCAAACUGCGUGUGUUUGUUGAAAAAGACCGUCAACAACACUUUGGCUGAUGGCAGGCGUGUGGUUGUUGUUAUGGACAUGGAUAUAUUAAAGUCAGCAGAGGAAGCUGGGGGAAAGAUUGGAAAUCCCACUCCUUAUAAUACAGAUGGUAAGAUGUCAUCUCCACAGAAGGUGUCAUCAAGUACCUAUGUUCCAGAGUCCCCUCCGUCUGCUGCCGUGCCUGGACCCUCCUAUAGGAACUACUUCUCUCCCCGAGGCAGAGGAGGAAGUUUUACGGGACAAGCACCCAUGAAAGCUUCUCCCAUGAAAGCUUCUCCCAUGAAAGCUUCUCCCAUGAAAGCUUCUCCCAUGAAAGCUUCUCCCAUGAAAGCUUCUCCCAUGAAGGCCUCGGCUAUAAAAGCAUCACCCAGUAAGGGCUUAACCGUGAAGGUUUCACCCAUGAAAGCUUCGCCCAUGAAGGCCAACAGCGCUUCUCCGGGUUCUUCAGCAAAAGUGAUUCCUAUUGCAAGCCUCAACCCCUACCAAAGCAAGUGGACUAUCAGAGCCAGAGUCACCAACAAGUCGAGCAUUCGCACGUGGAGUAACUCCAGAGGAGAGGGCAAGCUCUUCUCCUUUGAGAUAGUGGAUGAGAGUGGUGAAAUCAGGAUCACUGCUUUCAACAAGGAAGUGGACAAGUUUUUCUCUCUAGUGGAGCAAGGCAAGGUGUACUACAUCUCCAAGGCUACACUCAAGCCGGCCAACAAACAGUACACCACGCUGAAGAACGACUACGAGAUGACCCUCCACGCUCACUCAUCCAUCGUGCCAUGUGAUGACAAUCAGAGCAUCCCCACAGUGCACUGUGACUUUGUGCCCAUCGCAGAGCUGGAAAAUCGAGACAAAGAUGCUAUCAUUGAUGUGAUUGGAAUAUGUAAGAGUGCUGAGGAUGUAUCCCGUAUCACCACUAAGAACAGCAGAGAAGUCUCCAAGAGGGCUCUCAGCAUAAUCGACCAAACAGGCAAAGUCGUGACAGUCACACUGUGGGGCGAAGAGGCAGAAAAUUUUGAUGGCUCUACGCAGCCAGUGGUUGCCAUCAAAGGAGCUCGAUUGUCUGAUUUUGGGGGAAGAUCUCUCUCUGCAUUGUUCAGUUCAACAGUCAUGGUCAACCCAGAUAUACCACAGGCCUUUAGACUGAGAGCCUGGUAUGACCGGGAAGGCUUUGCAAUCAACAGCCAGUCGCUGACAGAGACCAGGUCAGCAGGCACAGGAUUAAACGUGAACUGGAAAACACUGAGCGACAUUAAGAAUGAAGACAUGGGCCAUGGAGAGAAGGCACAGUAUUUCAGCUGCGUGGCGACAGUGCUGUACAUUCGUAAGGAGAAUUGUCUGUACCAAGCCUGUCCAUCUGCAGACUGCAACAAGAAGGUCAUCGACCAGCAGAAUGGGCUGUACCGCUGCGAAAAGUGUAACAGAGAGUUCCCCAACUUCAAAUACAGACUCUUACUUUCUGCUAACUUAGCUGACUUCGGGGAUAACCAGUGGGUGACGUGCUUCCAGGAGACAGCUGAGGCCCUGUUGGGUCACAGCGCAGAAACUCUCGGACAUCUCAGAGACACAGAUGAAGCUGCCUUCGAUGAAGUCUUCCAGAAAGCCAACUUCACAACUCACAUCUUUAAAAACAGAGUCAAGCUAGAGACCUACAACAGACGCAGAGAGAGAACGACCUGGCUUAGGAUCAUAUUUUAAGGUUUGUCUUAUUUUUAGGAACAGAAGCAAGAUGACAAACUACCAGGUUUUUGACUUAACAAGCACAAUGCGCUCACAUGUUUUUUGUUCAGUCAUCAACUCUACCAGUGUACACUGUUGCUCAUUUCAUUCAUCAGUCACUCUUCCUAUUUAGACCGUUAUCCUGUUUAGAUAUGGUUAUGAUCAAUUCUUUUCUUUCUCUCACAAAGGUAAUUCAUAUUAGACAAUCACCAAUAUAAAUGAGAAUCUAGAAGUAAAAAGGAGACCCUUAAAACCAUCUCAUGAGUGUUGACAGUACUUAGUUUGACCACCAGGGGGCCGUCCUGAAGAAUGUAAGCAUGUAAAUAAAUAGCUACACAUAAGAGAUCUUAGCUAAAUCUGUUUAUUUCGUGUAGAUGGAAGAAAAAAAUGUUCGAUAUUUUUAAUAUCAGAUUUCUUAAGCAUAUAAGUCACUCUAACAUUAUCAACCGCUGAAGGCCUAAUUUGUGUAGCUGUGUCUACUUUUACGUUUAAAAGAACCUUGAGUUCAUCAUGUUCUUCAAUCAGUUCUUGAACAACAGGAAGUGUGGCAUAGCCUGUUUUUCCUGACGGGGGAAAUCACUGAGUUGCACCUGGUCUAUAGCAGUGUUAUGGACCCAUGUGGGAUGCUCAGAGCAUUCGCCAGAGCAUCGCACUCACCAAAAGCAAACACAAGCACUGACAUUAUUUCCCAAAGUAAACAGCACACGUGGGAUUUAAAGGAAAACAGGACUCAUCAGACCAGAUGACCUCCUUUCAGUUUGUUUAAGGCCUCUUUUGUUGCGUGACGAUGGGUAAGGUUCGUUUUAGGGCUGUGGCAGCCGUCACAAUGUGGCCAAAGUGCUCUGAUCUUCAAAUCCAGCAAACUGACUCUUUAAUCCCAGACCGUAAUGUAUAUGUUUUUGUAACAAAACAAAUAUUAUUCACACAUAAGCUUUCCAAUUGCUAACUUAUGUAUAUGUAAGGUUUUUUCUGAUUACAAGAAUUACAGAGAAGCCACAAUAAUUGUUUAAAUAUGGUGAUGACGGUGCUGAAGAGCAUCAGUCUCUUUUAGCCUUGCUUUAAAGGUGACAGCUGUGUGAAGAAUGAUAAUUGAGAGUUUAAGAAUGAAGGUCAGACUCCCUCUAUCCCCCUUCUCACCUGGCUAAUCUCUACAUGAAGCAGACGUGAUUGACAUUUUGUUUUUUUGGAAAAUUGCAGAAAUUGCUGAAGGCAACUUGACAUACCCCUCUGUUCAGGCUGGGGGGUGUAGUCUCUGAAAGCUUUGGAGUUUGUCAGGUUUUUCACAUUUGGUAUUUAACAAAUAUUAUAUUAAGAAUAGAUUACUUUGGUCAAGUGAGCUCUGAAAGCAGAAGGUACGAGAAGCAAAGCAGUAACUGAUAAAAUUGCCCCUUCUUUUAUACUUUUAUACUUUUAUACAACAGGUAUAAGAGUGGGAGACUCUUAUACAGAUGUUGUGAUGAUAAAUGUGCAUUUAUCAUCACAACAUCUGGUCUAUAUUCACAACCAGGUAAACAAAUUUACAAAUCCUUCAGAUGAUGAAAAACUCCAACACAGCUGGCAACAGACGUAAAUAAAAAUGUAAAUGCUGUAUUUAAAUAAAGUUCCGUCUUAACUGUCUGCCGUGUUUCAUUAAGGUGGUGCAUUACAAAGGCAGGAGCAUGUGCAGUGAAUCAGAAACUAGUGCUCCAGAGUUGAGUGCAGUAGAGGCUCAUCUUCCUCUCCUACACACACACAGUUCACAACAUGGUGAAUUGGAUUUACGGAGCACUAAAGAGCGCUGUUUACACAUAAUCUUUUAAUUUGCAUUUGUUUAAAAGACAAUCCAAAGAAAUGUGUAUCUGAUUUCAAACCAAUACUCAGAUGUGAUAAUUGAGUUCAAAUCUUACUCUUUGAAUCUGUUCCAGGCUGGCUGAUUAUUCAUCUUAAAUAUGUGUUGCUGUAUUAGUGCUUGUGUGUGAGUCCAAGCGCAUCAGUCUGAAGUGAAUGCAUUGAUUGUGUCUCAUUGAAUCUAUUAGUGUCAUAGAGGAUCUGCUUUUCUUGCCUUGUUUUAACAGACAGGCCAUUCAGAGCCAAGUACACUCUUAACACAGCCACUUUACAUCAUCAGCUAAACGUAUUCUUAGCUAGCACUCACAUCACAUUACACUCAGACCUUUUUGCUGUCCUUGAGUGUGGAAAAAGGUUUCGGAAAAUUCUUAUGAUGGCAUUUAUCAUCUUGAUGGCAAAUAUAAAAAUCACUAAGAGCUCCCAUGACACACACAUAUAUAUAUAUAUAUAUGUGUGUGUGUGUAAUCAGCGUGAGAGAUUCAGAGAAGAUUUAUUCGUCUUUCUUUAACCCAAAAGAUUUGAGCUACCUCUGUGUUCCUUAUAUUUUGUUUCCAAAGAGCCAGACUUUCUAGAAACUUAUCGAAGUGUUCCUGGGCAAUAGUUUUCCAGUGUUUCUCCGGACACUGGCUGUUUUUUCCUCUCAUUUUCUUAACCCGCUGUCUUGGGUUUACAAUGACCCCUUCUCGCAAAUAGGCCAAAAUAGUCCUUUUGACCCAAAAGUCCUACAGUAGAAUUUAACAGAAGGUGGUUGGUGACCUUGUCAGAGUCUUAAUUCACCUUUAAGGUGGCACUUUCAGACAAGUUUUAAGAAUCCUUUAUCAAUUUUACUGGAUACAUGGAAAAAAAAUGGUAGUAGGAUUUAUCCUAUUCAUUUCAGUUCUUUAAAACUUAUUGUGUGAUUGUGUUAAGAUAUUUCAGUCUUGACCUAAGUGCUGGAUUGUUAAACAGACAAUGCUAUCUGUCCCGUAUAAUGAAUAAUAUUAUAAAUAAUAUUUCUCUGCAGGUAGUUUUGGGUUAUUUCUUUGCUCAGUACAGUACAGCAUCUUAUUAAUUCUCUUUGAAGAUAUGGCAUCAGUAAGUGUAAAUGUUUAUUGGCUAGUUGUGUGCUGUACUUUUGCAUGUGUGUGUGUUUUGUUUUUGUUUCUUUCUUUUUGUCUGCACAUCCAGAAGUGCUGGUAUUUAUUCCUUCAGGGAAGAACCCCACUUCAGCGCACCGCCUGAAAUUGAGUUAGAGAACAGGGGUGAAUGUUCGGCUACAGAGUAAUUGUUUUUUCCAGAUGCGAUUGCAGUAUUAGUCUCCGCAUAUUAAAUUACCAAGCCUUCUUUCUCUCAGUACCCUACCAUUUGGAAAACCAUUAUUUUUAAAUAAGUUGUCACCUUUUGUCAAGUGGAACCUCCGAUUCAACCCCUCCCCCCGUAUUGUUUAAUUUGCCUGAGGUAGAUGCAAAUUGAAAAUACGAGUAGAAGUGUGGAAUCACACAUAUGAUAAUGAACAAAUGUUCAAUCCUUGAUGCUGGUUAUCCUAAGUGAAUUGCUAAUUGUCUCUGGAUUAAUCCCUUUAAUAAUUGUCACUGAUUAUGAUGGAAAAGAGCUUUUGACUUUAUGCUUUCACUGGAAAUCAUGCCAUUGUUUGAUGGUACAGAAUCUGACUUACUGAUGGUGACUCUUACUGCAAACAGUUGAGACAGCUUACAUCUGCGUACAUAAUUAUCGAUCUCAAUUAUUCUUGUGUUUGUGAAAGUACAAGCACCGAUGGGUAACCUAACCAGCAUGUCUUUGAUCUGUGGGAGGAGGAAACCCACGCAGGCACACCGAGAACAUGCAAACUUCACACAGAAGCUGGCCUGUGGAUCCAGGAAGCCUCAAGCUUCGAGGCACUAAACACUGUAGCGCUGUGCAAUAUGGCAGAUUAGAAUAUGUUUUUAUUGAUAUUAUUUUUAUUAAUAUGAAGGAAACAGGUGGAACAUCCUUCUUUUUGCUUACUUUUGUAAAUGACAUGGAAAGUGUCACCUUUCCUGCUCUGCUUCCUGCCUUGGGGCCACGUAGGGUCACUUUAUAAUCACACAGUCCAUUAGGUUUGAGUAAUCACACGAGUUUUUGCUAAAUAUUGCUGAAGUCUGUGAUUGUGCAGUAGCCGGUGUUUGUGUUCUUGUUUAUGUUGGAAGCCUUUUAUUUUUAUUUUUUUAGUCUUGCGACAGUCAGGACUCGGUCUGACUUGCUGAAUUUUCACCAUUUGAGGUGAAAUGCUUAAAUUCAUCAUCAGAGGUGUCUGGUUCCCAAAGAGAGUGCUUUGAUGACAAGAUUCGCUUACAUCAUGGGGGGAAAAAAGCCGCUCUCGUUUUCUUACAUUUGUGAGAUUCUCCAACGUAUCAAAACAGAAGAAGCAGGCAAUGCAAAUUAAAAUCAACAUAUUAAACACCAUGUAAAUUAUGCAGCUCAGCUCGAUAUGACUAACGACAUCAUGGCUCACACUUGCCAAAGGAUCUGAAAUUAGACCAUACAAUAAAAUCUACUGGCCUUGCGGCUUUUUGCAUAGAUUUUGAGAAGAAGGUUGUUGGUACAAGUCUGAGCUGACAGCAAAGCUCUGUCAGUAGCAGGAAGUUUCAGUCCUAAAGCAGACUUUCCACUGGUUGGGUCUUAAUUGGUUCAGUAGACAAAUGAUUAUGUGCAGUCUUGAAUCGUGCUGA